AUCUCUCGUAUAUCUCGCGAUCUUUCCUUCUGUCGGCACACGCCUUUAAAUCGCACAGUUAUGUACACAUACACAACAUAUGUAUCUGGUGUAUGUUGAAGAGAAUACGUUGCAUGAUGCAAGCGUGUAUGUACGAGCGCACGUGUUCGGAGAAGAAACGGGGAGAUAAUUGUUUGCGGCUUGUUUAAUGUGGCAACAACAAGAGACAAGCGUAUCCUUAGUAAAUUGAUCUAAUACAGCAAGUUACACGCGAAGUGAAAGGGAUAAGUGGCGAGUACGCAAAGUGAAUGGUUGCAUCUUGAGCGAUUAAAUCUUCACAGCAGAUGAUGCAACAUCUAUUGUACAUGAGCAUCAUCAGAUACUGUCUGCGUCUCGCUUUCACAAAUCAUUGUCUAUGACAACCUUUUUGUCACGUUAAUAGCAACAUCUAGCGAAUUUAUUUAGAGAAGAUUGUAUUAUAUAAUUGUUUCUAUCUCUUGAGAGGAGCUAAUAUAAGUACCUUCUGUGAAGGAGUCGUUUAUAAGUAAAAAUGGUGAGGGAAGCGUUGGACGAAAUCAGGGAAAUGAUAAACUCGGACGACGACGGGUCCGUUCCGUCGCCGUGCGACGAUCGACACAAACAUCCGGAAAAAGUGCAGAUGAAAAAACAGUUGGGACUUUUGGAAGGAGUGGCCAUUAUAUUGGGGAUUAUAUUCGGAUCCGGUAUCUUUAUCUCACCGAAGGGAGUGAUACAAGAGGUGGGCAGUGUCGGAGCAUCCCUCAUUAUAUGGGUUUUGUGCGGUUUGCUGUCUAUGAUCGGCGCUCUGUGCUACGCGGAAUUGGGUACCAGUAUACUUCGGAGCGGAGGCGAUUACGCUUACAUUCACGAGGCUUUCGGCGAGCUGCCUUCGUUUCUGUAUUUGUGGGCCGCUAACUUAAUUUUCGUACCUACAACAAAUGCUAUCAUGGCGUUGACUUUUGCUCAGUAUAUCGUGGAGCCGUUUUUUACCACUUGCGCAACACCCGACGACGGUGUGCGACUAAUUGCUGCACUGACUUUAUGUUUGCUUACUUUUAUCAAUUGCUACGGUGUGAAAGAGACUUCAAUAAUGCAAAAUAUAUUUAUGUACGCGAAAGUCGCGGCGUUGGUGAUUAUUAUUAUAACUGGAUUGGUCUGGAUCUGCUCGGGUCACACGGAGAACUUUGAGAAUAGUUUCGAGAACACGAAUGUCGAUCCCGGAAAAAUCGCCGUGGCUUUUUAUUCCGGCAUAUUUUCUUACUCGGGAUGGAACUAUUUGAACUUCAUGACGGAGGAAUUGAAAAAUCCCUAUGUAAAUUUACCACGCGCGAUUUACAUAUCACUGCCGUUGGUGACUUUGAUAUAUGUUAUGGCAAAUAUCGCUUAUCUGGCGGUUUUAACACCGUCUGCUAUGAUCGCUUCCAGUGCCAUUGCUGUGACUUUUGGCAAUCGGCUUCUGGGCGUUAUGGCUUGGAUAAUACCCGUAAUGGUAGCUGUGUCCGCCUUCGGCGGGUUAAGUGUUCACAUCAUGACUUCAUCCAGAAUGUGCUUUGUCGGUGCCAGAAACGGACAUUUUCCUUCGAUGCUGAGCCACAUCAAUGUGUCUAAAUUCACGCCUACACCUGCCUUGGUAUUUCUGUGCAUUUUGUCUUUGCUGAUGCUGUACACGAGCGACAUCUUUAAACUGAUCACGUACUGCAGCAUAGUAGAGUCUUUUUUUAUCAUGAUCUCUGUGGCUGGAAUCUUGUGGUUGCGUUACAAAAAACCCAACAUGGAACGACCGAUCAAAAUACCUUUAGCGAUACCAAUAGUGUUCGUCGCGUUGUGCGCUUUUCUGGUUGUUCUGCCGUGUUUGGUAAGGAUAGAGGAAGUUCUCAUGGGGCUUUUGAUCACUCUGUCUGGCGUACCCGCUUACUUCGUCGGCGUCGCUUGGAAAAACAAACCCAACUGGUUUCAGAAAUAUAACGUUAAACUUACCCAUAUCGUGCAGAAAAUAUUUCUAUCUGCGAGAGAAGAACGAGAAAUCGAUUAACCGAAUGUGGAAAUAUCCAUAUCACGACUGAAUGAACGGAUUUGAAUAGUCGGUGAGGUUUCAGUGAUGUACUUACGUAUCUCUGAGAAAUACUUAAGUACAUUUAAGAAUUCUUUAUGAAAGUAAAGAAACUUCGCGCGUCGCGGCUUACUUAAAGCCAAAAAAAUGCUGUUACAUCGAGAGAUGCAUUGUGAGUGUUCGGUGUUUUCCCUUUGAAUUUAUACGUAAGCGUAUUUUCUAAGGGAACGCAAACUAAUUGCUUCUUUGUAAUAAAAAGUCAUUGACAAUAUACGUUUAAUAAUAUAAAUAUAUAUAUAUAUUUCUUAAAUAUCGGAAUUUUUCCGAUUGAAUUCAAAGUUGUUUAAUGGACACCAUUAUUGCACUUUGCGAUGUAUAGUAUUCUCUUUAAGAAAAGAAUUAUGAUCUUUUUUUCUUUUCAAAAAAAAAAAAAAGAUCAGGUAGAUCUGAAAGUUGCAUUUUAUCGUUUUCACUGGUUGCCAAAGGAAUGUCUUUCGUGUGUUUAGUAUUAUUAAUAUUCUUUUUUUUUAUUAUUAUUAAAUUAAUAUAUAUAUAUAUACGUAUAAUUUAUUAACAAUCUAUUAUAUAUAAUUUAUUAACCAUCUAUUGUGUUAAAAAACCGAUUAUAUUAUUUCUGUUUGAUCGAUCGAUUGCAU